AUGGAACUAUAUUAUAAUAAAAAUAUAUUAAAUAGAGAUAUAGAAAGAAAUUUAACAGAAAAAGAACUUGAAGAUUAUUUUAAUGAAGGUUUAUUAUAUAUUAUAACUAAAGAUUAUUAUGAAAUUACAAAUGAUGAAAUUAAACAAAUAGAAAUUAUUUCAAAUAAUAAAUUUUCAAUAAAAGAAAAUGAAAAAGAAAUUUUAAAAUUAAUAUUAAAAAAUAGAAAUUCAAAUUGUUUUAAAUUUUAUUUUGAAAAAUUUGGAUUCACUGAUGAAUUUGAUAUUGAAAAGAAUGGAAUAAUUAUUGAUUAUAUAUUUUGGAAUUUAAAUAUAAAAGGUUUAAAUAAAAUAAUUGAAAAAGGUUUUUUAAAAAAAGUUUCAUUAUCAACAAUGGGUGAAAUUAAUUUAUCAAAUGAUUCGAUUGAAUUUUUAGAAUUAUUUCUUUCACAAAAAAAAGUGGUACCAAUUAAUAAUAAUAUAGAUAAAUGGUUUAAAGAUAUUUUUUCAAAAAUUAUUAUAAAGGCAAAAUUAGAAAAUGACUAUACUGGUUUAAAUAAAUUUCAAAAAAUAAUUUCAAACACUGAUUCUCUAUCAAAUAGUUAUAAAAGAGAUAUUAUUUCCAAUUAUCAAUCAUUACACUUAAUUGAUGAUUUUAAUAUUUUUAAAUGGUUUUAUCAAUUAUUUUUACAAUUUGAAUUUAAAAAACCACCAAAUCAUUCAUUUAUAAUUAAUUCAAGGGAUCAGGUUGAUUUUUUAAUUGAAAAAGUAUAUAAAGAAUUUGAUGAUAUAAAUUUCAGAAUUAAUUUUGAAAAUUAUGAAUUGGUAAAUUAUUUCAUUGAAAAAGGAAAACAAGUUGGAAAAGAUUUCACACAAUAUCAAACAGAUCUAUUAUCAUCUCUUUUUGAUAGAUCUCUUGAAAAAUAUGAUAUUGAAACUUUAAAAAUAAUUUCAUCACUUGGUUUAAAAUUUAGAUCUGAUUCUCUACUAAAAUUCAAUGAACCUUUAUCAAAAAUUCAAAUAAUAGAAUUAAUUAAUUUUUUAAAUUCAAUUGAAUUUAAUUGUUUUAAAAAACCAAUUUUUUAUUCACUUUUUUAUAAUUUAAUCAACCUUUGUAAAAAUAAUGGUUUAACUAGUUUAGAUGUUAAAAUUAAUUUCAAUUGUAUACCCAAUGAUUCUUUAACAAUUUUCAUAACAGCUUUGACCUAUAGUGAUACUGUUUUAGAGUUUAUUUUAAAUAGUAAAUUCACUUUAUAUUUAAAAAAUUUUGAAAAAGAAAUAACCCGAAACCCAAUUCGUAAUCAUGCAUGUUAUAAAGGUAUUAUCGAUCAUCAUUUAUUAUAUGAAAAUAAUAUUAAACUUUUAAUUUCAAAGUUCAAACCAAAUGAAUUAAUUUAUUUUUCAAAUGUUAUCAAUUCAUUAUAUUUAAACCUUUUAUUUUCAACUCAAUUAAAUCAUAAUAAAUCAAUGAGUGAAGUUGGUAAUAACUUUUUAAAAGAGAAUAUAAACAAUCUUGAAAAAUUGUUUAUUUUAAAUGGUAUAGAAAUCAAUGUUACACUAUCUCAUGUAACACGUUGGUUAAUGUUAAAAUCAAAAUCCUUUAAUGCAUAUUUCCAAAAAUUUAAUUCUUUUCUUGAAAAUAAAGAAUUAUGUAAUGAAAUGGUAACCCUAUUUUCAUUCAAUUCAAUUUUAAAUUCAGAAACCUCUGAAUUAUUCUCAAAAAUUAGAAAAUUAUUUUUUAAAUAUAAAUCAAAAAAUUUUAAAGAAAAUUUAGAAUUUCUAUUACAUUAUAAGUAUUAUGAUUUAGUUAUCGAACAAAUUAUACAAUAUGAAAAAAAAUCAAAAAGGUCAUCAUUUUUAGGAACUAUGGCUACAAUAAUGCCGUCAUCAUUACCAAUUGAAGAAUUUCAAAAAAUACAACUUGAAACAAUUUGUAAUAAUAUUCCUCGCAGUGAAUUUAUUAGUAAGUUAAUUGACCUUUCAAUAAAAUUUGAUAGAUUUGAUAUUUUUAAAUACCUUUUAUCAUCUCAUGAUAAUCAAAAUUUAUUAUUUGACCAUUUUCCCAUUUUAGAUAAAUUAAAAAUUGAAUUCUUGGAAUUCUUUUUAAUUUAUAAAAAUGAUUUAUUUGUCAAACUUGUGGAAACUCAUUUACCCUAUAAUUUUUCAAAAUUAAAACAAAAUGAAAUUUGUGUUAAUCUAUUAUCAAAAUAUUUACCAUCACAUUAUCAAAUGAAAGAAUUUUUCAAUAAAUAA